UCCCACAGACUUCAGUUCAAAGCAGCAAACAGUCAGACAACGACAAGAUGACCAGUCUCAGUGCAAAAGACAAGGACACAGUCAAGACCUUCUGGUCUACAGUGUCUGGGAAGGCAGAGGACAUGGGAGCAGAUGUUCUGUCCAGGAUGCUGGUGGUGUACCCACAGACCAAGACCUACUUCUCCCACUGGAAGGACCUGAGCCCCAGCUCUGCCCAGGUGAAGAAGCACGGAAAGACCAUCAUGGCUGGAGUCGGUGAAGCUGUGGCUAAAAUGGACGACCUGACCGCAGGUCUGCUGAACCUCAGCCAGCUGCACGCCUUCACCCUGAAAGUGGACCCCGCCAACUUCAAGAUUAUCUCCCACAACCUUCUGGUGGUUUUUGCCAUCACGUUUCCCAAGGAAUUCACCGCUGAGGUCCAUGUGUCUAUGGACAAGUUUUUGGCUCGUGUGGCUUAUGCUCUGUCUGAGAAAUACAGAUAAACUGCAGAAGAAGAAGAAGAAGCGUUUUUUAUGCUCAGUGAUCAAUAAAUAUAUUUGAAACUAUACUACACAGUUUUAUUUGUUAUUCUUCUGGGAUGCUUUGUGUUGAAUAUUGGAACUUUUAGGGCCUGUUUAUUACCACAG